GAAGUAUUGAAAAUAAAAACGAAAUACAUAAUGGAGAAGGCUCACGAUCCCAAAGAUUUGGAUUUAACUGCUUCAGGACGUGGAGUCUGGCUCGUAAAGGUUCCAAAGUAUCUCUCUGAAAAAUGGUCCAACACCCGAGGAGGAAGUGAACUUGGACGGUUAAAGAUAAGUCGGCCAAAAUUUGUGGGAGCAAAACAAGAAGUUCUCUUCACACUGCCAGAGGCCACUGUAGCUGGGGACAGUAUUCCGAGAGAUCACAAAUUUGCAAUAACUAAAAUCGGAAACCAGAAUUUGUCAGUUCUUAGUGAAACCGGUACAAAUACAGAAGAUUCUACAACCACUGUUGCUAUAACAGGGAAAGUCAUUCAGAGAGCAGAAUGUCGACCAAUAGCGGGUGACCGUUAUAUGGAAUUAAAAAAAAAGGCUCUUGAGAUGAGUAACAAACCGCAGAUGGAGGUGAAGGUGUUAGACAAGGCAGUGGUAAAUUACAAACCAAAGGCAAACCAUGCCUUUAAUCGAGAAUGGGACCUCAAGAAGAAAGAGGAAGGAAAAAGGUCAAGGACAGAUAAAGAUAAAGUUCUGGAGAUGUUGUACAAUGCUUUUGAGAAACACCAGUACUACAAUGUUAAAGAUCUUGUCACUAUCACUAAGCAACCAAUUACAUGGCUAAAAGAGAUUCUGAAGGAGAUCUGUAAUUACAACAUGCGGGCUCCUCACAAAAACAUGUGGGAAUUAAAGCCAGAAUAUAGACAUUAUACUGCGAAAGAAGAUGAUACGUGAAAAUAAUUCAAACAAGAUCCUUUAAAUCAUCGGUCUAUAAGACAUAGGGCACCCUUUAAGUGACACUUGAAAGUAACACCCAGGGCCCUUUAAAUCAUUUGUCUAUAAGACAUAUGCGACCCUUUAAAUGAAACGUGAAGGUAAUACACGCAGGGCCUUUUAAAUCAUUUAUCUGUAAGACAUAUUGGAACCUUUGGGGAUACUUUAGAGUAAUACACACAGGGCCCUUUAAAUCAUUUGUUUGUGAGAAUCUAUCAAGUCAUACUUGCAUGAUAGUUUAAACCAUUAGUUUAAGACAUAGGGGACCCUUUAAAUGAUACUUAAAAGAAAGGGCCCUUUAAAUCAUGUAAGGCAAAUAUGGGGCCCUUACAAACAUGGCCUUUAAAUUAUUUAUAUGUAAUACAUGGUACCCUUUAUACUUGAAAGUAACACACUCAAACAUUGGGCCUUUAAAUACCUGUUAGCGUAAGAUAUAUGGGUCCCUUUAAGUGGUAUUAGAAUGUAUUACACACAGGGUCCUUUAAAUUGUGUGUUUGUAAAAUGCAUUUGACGCUUUAAGUCAAUAUGCUGUCACAACACUUGGGACUCUAUGGAGAUAUAUGUCACAUGAAAUAAGUAAUACAUACAUGAUCCUUUAACAUUUGUCCAUAAGCCUCAUGUUACCCUUUGAUUCCUUCUGUUUCGUGACUAAUUUCAAGGC